AUGUCCGCUACCGACUCCCCUCCUCGUCGCGCCCCGUUCGACCUCAGAUACGAUGGUUCCAUCCCUCCCGAGAACCGUGGUCAACUAUGGCUUGAGGACGGAGAUCUUAUCAUCAUCUUUCAAGUUGACGCCACCGCGUGGAAAGUCUCUUCCGGCGUCCUCAUGAACCGCUCGCACCGAUUCCGAACCAUUCUCCUCAACCAACCUGCAAGGCAGCACAUCGAGGACUGCCCGAUGCUCGCACUCCUGGGUAACGAAGAUACCGCCAGGGAAGUUCAGAGGUUAUUACUCCUCAUUCACGAUAGAACUUGUAUACCAAACUUCCGCAAGCCGGAGCAUUUCUCCGCACUUGAAGACAUUGUCCGAUCGACUGCCAACUACGAGGCGUGGUACCUGUUCUUCGACGCAGUGCGACCACUUGCGUACCACUACCAGGAACGCCUCUCCGAGUUCGUACACUGGGAUCGCACACACGACCUCGCGCGGCCUAUAAGCCCCGUGCACUCGCUCAACCUGUUUUCAACCGCACAUGACGCGUUUCAGCGCUUCGGCGGCUACACACCCGGAGCGGAUCGGGAAACCGACCAGUUGUUCUCCUUGUUCUCUGCCGGCGCGCGUCUGGAUCUCAGCCUUUACCUAAGCGAGGCAGAUCUGCUUGCCAGUUCGAGCAGUAGACCGAAGGACCGUAGGGGGAGGCUGCAGGAGAAGGAGAUGCCGCUUUACCGCAAGCUCGUUGAGGAGCACAGGCUCUUCAUCACCGAGCUGUUGCACGACUGUGAGACGUUCGAAGACGCGGAGAUCGAGUCUCGGCAUCAUGACCACAUCCGCUGUUGCGGUGAUGGGAUGCGAACCAUGUUGAGCCGGCUCGUGUCAACGUUGGGGACGCCGGAGACUACGCGCAGAGGGGCGUACUUUCUGGAUCUGAUUCGUGCAUUGCACACGGACAGCGGCCGAGCAUCGAUGUGCCCGGAGUGUUUGGGAGACCUCGACGGCCUCGUGAGCCAGACGUACGACCAAUGGUGGAGAGCCGUCUCGCCACUCAUCCGAAAUAUGCCAGACGCGUACUUUGACGAGCUUGACCACUAG